CAGAGGGUAAAGGUCUUGCUCCCAGCAGCCUCCGCGGUGGAUACGUCGCCAUCUUGGAUCCGCGGGACAAGAAAAUUCAUGCGAGGGAGAACUGGUGGGCGGUCCUUCCUGUGACACGACCCUUGAGUGACAGUUCUAUUUGAUUGCCUCCAGUACUGUGAGGAAAGGACACGACUCUAUGGUGAGGACUGAUGGACAUACAUUAUCUGAGAAAAGAAACUACCAGCCUCCAGCUCUGAGCUUUCCAAUCCCCAGAGUAGCAAAUGUUGAAAGAAGUUGCACAGGUGACAAACAGCAUGUUUGGUGCUUCAAGAAAGAAGUUUGUAGAGGGGGUCGACAGUGACUACCAUGAUGAAAACAUGUACUACAGCCAGUCUUCUAUGUUUCCACAUCGGUCAGAAAAAGAUAUGCUGGCAUCACCAUCUACAUCAGGUCAGCUGUCUCAGUUUGGGGCAAGUUUAUACGGGCAACAAAGUGCACUAGGCCUUCCAAUGAGGGGGAUGAGCAACAAUACCCCUCAGUUAAAUCGCAGCUUAUCACAAGGCACUCAGUUACCGAGCCACGUCACGCCAACAACAGGGGUACCAACAAUGUCACUUCACACGCCUCCAUCUCCAAGCAGGGGUAUUUUGCCUAUGAAUCCUAGGAAUAUGAUGAACCACUCCCAGGUUGGUCAGGGCAUUGGAAUUCCUAGCAGGACAAAUAGCAUGAGCAGUUCAGGGUUAGGUAGCCCCAACAGAAGCUCGCCAAGCAUAAUAUGUAUGCCAAAGCAGCAGCCUUCUCGACAACCUUUUACUGUGAACAGUAUGUCUGGAUUUGGAAUGAACAGGAAUCAGGCAUUUGGAAUGAAUAACUCCUUAUCAAGUAACAUUUUUAAUGGAACAGAUGGAAGUGAAAAUGUGACAGGAUUGGACCUUUCAGAUUUUCCAGCAUUAGCAGACCGAAACAGAAGGGAAGGAAGUGGCAACCCAACUCCAUUAAUAAACCCGUUGGCUGGAAGAGCUCCUUAUGUUGGAAUGGUAACAAAACCAGCAAAUGAGCAAUCCCAGGACUUCUCAAUACACAAUGAAGAUUUUCCAGCAUUACCUGGUUCCAGCUAUAAAGAUCCAACGUCAAGUAAUGAUGACAGUAAAUCUAAUUUGAAUACAUCUGGCAAGACAACUUCAAGUACAGAUGGACCCAAAUUCCCUGGAGAUAAAAGUUCAACAACACAAAAUAAUAACCAGCAGAAAAAAGGGAUCCAGGUGUUACCUGAUGGUCGGGUUACUAACAUUCCUCAAGGGAUGGUGACGGACCAAUUUGGAAUGAUUGGCCUGUUAACAUUUAUCAGGGCAGCAGAGACAGACCCAGGAAUGGUACAUCUUGCAUUAGGAAGUGACUUAACAACAUUAGGCCUCAAUCUAAACUCUCCUGAAAAUCUCUACCCCAAAUUUGCAUCACCCUGGGCAUCUUCACCAUGUCGACCUCAAGAUAUAGACUUCCAUGUUCCAUCUGAGUACUUAACGAACAUUCACAUUAGGGAUAAGCUUGCUGCAAUAAAACUUGGCCGAUAUGGAGAAGAUCUUCUCUUCUAUCUCUAUUACAUGAAUGGAGGAGACGUAUUACAACUUUUAGCUGCAGUAGAGCUUUUUAACCGUGAUUGGAGAUACCACAAAGAAGAACGAGUAUGGAUUACCAGGGCACCAGGCAUGGAACCAACAAUGAAAACCAAUACAUACGAGAGGGGAACAUAUUACUUCUUUGACUGUCUUAACUGGAGGAAAGUAGCUAAGGAGUUCCAUCUGGAAUAUGACAAAUUAGAAGAACGGCCUCACCUGCCAUCCACCUUCAACUACAACCCUGCUCAGCAAGCCUUCUAAAAAGACUUCCCUUUUCUUGGGGUAUGGCUGUCUCAGCACAAUACUCAACAUAACUGCAGAACUGAUGUGGCUCAGGCACCCUGGUUUUAAUUCCUUGAGGAUCUGGCAAUUGGCUUAUGCAAAGGGUCACCAUUUGAGGUCCUGCCUUACUAAUUAUGUGCUGCCCAACAACUAAAUUUGUAAUUUGUUUUUCUCUAGUUCGAGCAGGGUCUGAAUUUUUUCAUUUAUUUUCUUUUUUGCCAGCAGACAGACUUGGGUCUGUAAAGACAAGCAAGUACACUGACAGAAGUUUACCAUUUAGUUUCUAAAAUGUAAAAAGAAAACCCACAAAAGACUCAACAAAAUUAGACCACAAAAUUUGCAUUGUUCAUUGUAGCACUAUUGGUAAUAAAAUAACAAAUGUUUGUGCAUUUUUAUGUGAAGAUCCUUCUCGUAUUUCAUUUGGAAAGAUGAGCAAGGUCUGCUUUCUUCAUUUUACUUCCCCUUCUGUUUUUGAAAGGCAGUUUCGCCAAGCUUAACACAAGAAUAUCUGACUGUUUAGAUGAAAGAUAUUGCCACAAUCUCUGGAUGGUUUUCCAGGGUUGUGCUAUUACUGAGCUUCAUCUUUCCAGAAUGAGCAAAACACUGUCCAGUCUUUGUUACGAUUUUGUAAUAAAUGUGUACAUUUUUUUUAAAUUUUUGGACAUCACAUGAAUAAAGGUAUGUAUGUACGAAUGUGUAUAUAUUAUAUAUAUGACAUCUAUUUUGGAAAAUGUUUGCCCUGCUGUACCUCAUUUUUAGGAGGUGUGCAUGGAUGCAAUAUAUGAAAAUGGGACAUUCUGGAACUGCUGGUCAGGGGACUUUGUCGCCCUGUGCACUAAAGGGCCAGAUUUUCAGCAGCCAAGGACAUCCAUACCCAAGUGAAUGUGAUGGGACUUAAAGAAGUGAACUGAGACAAUUCACUCUGGCUGUUUGAACAGCAGCGUUUCAUAGGAAGAGAAAAAAAGAUCAAUCUUGUAUUUUCUGACCACAUAAAGGCUUCUUCUCUUUGUAAUAAAGUAGAAAAGCUCUCCUCA